AUGAGGCUGAUGCCAGUCACUGUCCUCCCAACAGACUCAGCCGAGCGGGUGGUGCAGCGGUUUGAGGCACCCGGCGUGUCCAACUACACGGCCCUGCUGCUGAGUCCGGAUGGCAGGACCCUCUACCUGGGGGCACGGGAGCUGCUUCUCGCCCUUAACACCAGCCACUUCCAGCCCGGUGCCCCGGCUCGAAGGUUGCUAUGGAGUGCGGAUGAGGAGAAGAAGAGGCAGUGUGUGUUCAAGGGCAAGGACCCCCAGAGGGACUGUCACAACUACAUCAAGCUGCUGCUGCGGCUGAACAGCACCCACCUGUACACCUGUGGGACCUGUGCCUUCAGCCCAGCCUGCACCUACAUUAACAUGCAGCACUUCAGCCUGGAGCGGGAUGUGUCAGGGAAGGUGCUGCUGGAGGAUGGGAAGGGACGCUGCCCCUUCGACCCCGAGUACCGCUCCACGGCUGUCAUGGUCGAUGGAGAACUCUAUGCCGGGACUGUCAGCAACUUCCAGGGCAAUGAGCCAACCAUCUCCCGCAGCCAGGAGAACCGCAUUGCCCUCAAGACCGAAAAUUCCCUCAACUGGCUGCAGGACCCAGUGUUCGUGGGCUCAGCCUACCUGCGCGAGAGCCUCCCUGCCGGCAACCCUGAGGGCGACGACGACAAGGUCUACUUCUUCUUCAGUGAGACUGGAAAGGAGUUUGACUACUUUGAGAACACCAUUGUCUCCCGCAUCGCACGUGUGUGCAAGGGGGACCAGGGCGGGGAGCGCGUGCUGCAGCGGCGGUGGACGACCUUCCUGAAAGCUCAGCUGCUCUGCUCACACCCCGAGGACGGGUUCCCCUUCAAUGUGCUGCAGGACAUCUUCGUGCUCACUCCGGGUGAGCUGCGCUGGAGGGACACGCUCUUCUAUGGGGUUUUCACCUCACAAUGGAACAAGGGGGGGCUGGGCUCGGCUGUCUGUGCCUUCCCCAUGCGCAGUGUGCAGCGUGCCUUCGGCGGGCUCUACAAGGAGGUGAACCGUGAGACGCAGCAGUGGUACACGGACACUGGCCCGGUGCCAGAGCCCCGGCCAGGCACAGUAGGUGCCCCCUUGGCGCCUGCCCAAGCGCUCUGGGCACAGGACAUCGAGGACGCUGACACGGAGCGGCUCUGCCAGCUGGCCAAUGCCUCCCAGCCCCGUCCCCGCAUCCUCCUGCCCCCAGCCUCUGGUGCCCCAUGCCAGCGGAUCCAGCUGCCGCCCAACGCGGUGCGGCCGCUGCCAUGCCGGCUGCUCUCCAACCUGGCCUCGCGGCGCUGGCUGCACGACGGGGCACCUGUCAACGCGUCCUACUUGGUGCUGCCCGAUGGGGCCCUCAUCCUGGUGGGCAGCCCCGAGCGCACAGGCACCUACGAGUGCUGGUCACUGGAGGAGGGAUUCCACAAGCUGAUGGCCAGCUACUGUGUGAGCGUGCAGGAGCUGGGCCGUGGGCCGCUGGACCCUGGCAGGAAGGUGGCCUCAGGCCAUGAUGCCCUGGAGACGGUCAGCACGUCCCGGAGUACCUCGGCAGUGGGCAGCGCCGCAGCACGGCUGGAUGGCAAGACCUACUGGACUGAGUUCCUGGUGAUGUGUGUGCUCUUUGCCGCCGCCGUCUUCGUGCUGGCCCUCUUUGUCCUGCACCGGCACCGCGAUGGCAUGAAGGCCUUGCUGGAGCCUGGAGACCCAAGCCGGCACCAGAAGCCACCUCGCAAGCCAGUGGAGAGCCUGCCCCUGAAUGGCAGCAGCUUGCCCAGUGCGGCAUCUGAGCACAAGGGCUACCAGGCCCUGCAGGACAACUACAUCGUCAGCACCCCAGUGCACGAGCCCUCGGGCACGCCACGCACCUUCUCCGAGUCAGAGAAGAGGCCCCUUCACAUCCGGGACAGCUUUGUGGAGGUGUCUCCUGCCUGCCAAAGACCCCGGGUGCGCCUGGGCUCUGAGAUCCAGGACUCAGUGGUGUGA